AUGGUGGACAUACUGGGGUGCACUUUUGUAGCUCUUACUUAUAUGUUUUUGGCAUUGGGCGAGGGGAUUGUAGUUUUUCAGCUUAUCCCUCUAUGAUUUACAAAAAAUAAUGAGUAUACUUGGGCUGGGAUUUUUUGGAUGAUUAUAUAUAAUAUGCUUUAUGAUUUGAAUUAUCUUGCAUAAGUUAAAAAAUCACAAUUUAAAAUUACUAUUUUCUGAAAAAAAAUAGCACCGGGUUGAAGAAAAUAUAACUAGUUUAAACUGAAUUCAAUUUAAAGCAGCCUAUAUGCAUGAUUUUGGCAAUUAUUUCUCAUCUAAAAGCUCUUCUUGGCGAUCCCGGAUACACUCCUAACCUUCAAAUUCCUGACAGCAUUCCUCUAGAACGAUUGCGAUACUGUGAUAGAUGCAGCCAAUGAAAACCUGAAAGAACUCACCAUUGCAGCACUUGUCAGAGAUGUAUACAAAAAAUGGACCACCAUUGCCCCUGGAUAAACAACUGUGUUGGUGCUAAAAAUCAAAAAUCUUUUGUUUUGUUUCUAGUGUACGUAUUUUUAGUGUGCUUGCUUACACUGAUAAUUAUGAGCAGCAUUACUUACUGGUAUUUUACAAGAUCAUCAAAAAGAGUAGUAUCAGGCAGCUUAUUUUUGUUUAUUGCAAGCGUAAUGACUUCAAUAUUUGCUUUAACUUUUAUGCUAUUUACUGCGAUUAUGUUCUGGGAACAGUUGUGAGCAAUAAUCCACAACCAAACAGAAGUUGAAGAAAUGAACCGAAGAAUAGCACCGCAAAAGCCAAUUUUUGAGAACCUAGCUUCUCUCCUUAAUUAGAACAAAAUAUAGGUAAAAUUUCUAUUAUUUUAGUUAAUUAGCCCACUUUAAAUUGAAAAGACAUAAUUUAAUUUUUAUAAAAAAUAUCUAUAAACAAAAAUCCUUGAUACUCAAUUUAGCUUCGCCAAAUCUAAAAUUUAUCUAUCGCUUGCUCUAUUUUAAAGGUGCAAGUGCUAUCUAAGCAAAUACUAGCUUUUUUUUGAGUAAAUAAUUGUAUAAUUUAGUGUUUUAUAGUUAUAAAUUUUUUUUAAAAAUGAAUCCCUUUAAGUUGUUAAAUUGAAUAGGCUUAUUUGGUCUAAUUUAAAAGGGGGAGGGUAAAGAAUUCAAUGGGUAUAUCCGUAAUUAUGUGGUGAAAUCCCUUUGCUGAGCCCCCUGAGCCUGAUUAUAUGGAGUCUUACUUACUUACUUAUUAUAAAGAGUUCCCGCAGUAGGCUCGGGAGCCACUACUACUCGCCUCCAUCAUCGCUCGAUCGCUUGCUUGCCAGCUCGAAUAUGGCCUUGCACUAUGUUGAUCCUCAGGGAUGAGAGUUUACACUGGAUUAUCAUGCCAUGUCUUAACGGAUUAGCUUCCAGAAAAUUCGAGAAAUCAUAUUUUCUAUCACCUGAUAGCCAAGAUGGAAAUUCAAAGACUAGGACGCAAUACCUAUUAUCGCGCUGGGGAGCAUGCCCGAAUCGCUAACUCCCCCCCCCUCCGUGAGUGAACAAAAAAAUUUUGUUCACUCACGGAGGGGGUCAAUUUUUUUUUUAAAAACAAUUUAUAUAUAAAUUUUCUAAAAAAAAUAUUUUUUUUCGAAAUUUAAAAAAAUCCUAAUUCGAAAAAAUUGGAAAGAAAUAUUAAUUUAAUUUAUAAAAUUUAUGUUUUUAAAAAGCAAUUUGUUUAAAAUUAAACAGAAUUAGCUCUAGAUUUCAUUUAUACUAAUUAUCAUUUAUAUAUCAAAAAUUUUUUUCCAUAAAUUUUUUUUCUAUUAAAACAAUUUUUGCUCACUCACGGAGGGGGGGAGUAAGAAACCCAAUUCUGGGGCAACUUGGCAUCCUCUUUCCAACUUUUAGCUCCCUCUCCCCAUAGGUAAAAACUGGCUUGAACAAGAUAAUGAAGUCAGCAUCCCAGACAUUGAGAUUCACCAGACAAUCAAAAACCUGGUCGAAUGCACAUUCGAACGUUAUCCUCAAUUCCAAAAGUCUCCCAAUGAUCUAUCUACAGGUGCGAGAGAGUGAGCUGGCUCGCCAAUCCAUUUAAUUUAGAUAAUUAUAUGGAGCCACUUGAAGUUCAACCAAAAACAGAGUCCAGUACAUGAGUAUACUGGGUUGGAUACGCAGUAUGUGGCUGCGUUAUUUUAGCUGCAACGUUUAUAAUUGUCAAAGUGAUAUGGAUAAAGUAA